GACUGGAGCGGCAUGGAUCAUGAUGCUUUUCCGCAGUAGGUACACGCGCCUUACACGCUUCUCCAACUCUGUACAGUGGUGGGUUGUGCAGGAGCCCCGCGAAUCCAAUUGUCGACUGUCGAUAUUCGAAUUGGAUGCCAACGCAACUCGAACUCUCCCAACAACAACAAAUGCUGGGCUUGGGACACUGCAGCGAUGGAACAGUCCUGACCCACUGAUUUCUAGCAUCUUGAAUGGCUUCUGUAACCCAAGAUUACAAAGACAACAGAGGUAACUCCGGUGGUGAGGUGUCGCAAUUCAAGUUUGCGUUCCAGUCUUCCACCGGGCCGUCGCUGACAAUCAACUUUUUCCGCGUUGGUGUCGCGCGCCUGCAGGACUUCCGCUCUAUCAAUGCCCUGAAUGGAGGGGGAAGCGGCAUGAUGUACCUAGGAGAUGAGUUGACGGGAAGACAUGUACAAGUGCCCGGGCUUCAAGCACCUCGAGACAUUACUCCUACACCACGCACCGCACCAUGGAAGCAUGGCAGCAUGACUGCUGCUUCAAAUAACGACCGACAUCUCAGCGGCGGCGGGAUGGUGAGGAACCGUGAGAUUGCUCGGGGAGGGGCUUGGGAGGGCAGAUCUGUAUCUGGCCAACUGGUUUCUGGAUGCACUGUGUGGUCAAAGAAAUUUGAUGACGGGUCUCUCAACACAAAGCAGAACACGCUUCGACACGUUAGCUGGCCAAGUACCUCCAAAGUGGCAUGGCGCCAUGCUGUCGGCGAGAACUGUACCAGAAGAAACAUUGGGGCCUAUGAAGAUGCCCCUGCCCCGCGCCUUGCAUCCCGGCCCUCUUUCCCCUUUUCUGGUCGACAUGUCAAACCAGCCCCACCUUGGCGAGUUUGCGAGACUCACCGCUCUGGAAAGGUGGGCAGGUGGGCAAGGUGGGCAGCCCGCAAAACAGGUGUCCCAACAUUGCUGGCUUUCACCUCCAACAUCUUUGCUCUCAUGAUGUGCCUCGAUUUUCACUUGCGACUUGUGUUCAAGUUGUGUUUAGGUCUAUCCCGUCCCAACCACUGGAAUUAA